AGCUGCAGGAGGCACUUAUGGAGGUGUCAGCGGAGCAUCAGUCGGUGAAGGAAGGGGCAUCGAUCCUCCACGUAGUGAUAAAGGACCUGAAAAAGUGGAAGGAUGGGAAGCAGGCUCAGGACAGGAGGACGUGCAAGCUGAUCAUUAGUCAGAAAAAGAGAGAGUAUGAGACAUUGUUGGAGCAGGAGAGGCUUCUGAGGGAGCACAAAGAGCAGUUACAGGCCAGAACUCAAGCUGCUGAGAUCCAG